GCUGGGCUCUGUCGUCGCGAGAAGGCGCUGCCGGGGGCGUCUGCGCGGACAAACGGAAGUGUAGGUGACGGUCCGAGACAUCGCCGCCAAGCUGGGAACCGGGGAGAUGGCCGAGACCGACCCCAAGACCGUGCAGGAUCUCACCUCAGUGGUGCAGACUCUUCUGCAACAGAUGCAGGAUAAAUUUCAGACCAUGUCCGACCAGAUCAUUGGACGAAUUGAUGACAUGAGUAGUCGCAUUGACGACCUGGAGAAAAACAUUGCAGACCUCAUGACCCAGGCCGGGGUGGAAGAGCUGGAAGGCGAAAACAAGAUACCUGCCACACAGAAGAGUUGAAGGUUGCUAAUUUACACUGAAAUCAGGAACACCAUUUUCACAAGCCAAGAGAACACUGAAUGGCUAUUUGCAACUAACUUCUAUGUAUCGACAGGUUUUAUAUUAUAAAGUGUACGUUCUUAACAUAUACUACACAGGUAGUUUAUAGUGAUUUUUUCACCCUCUCAGUUUCUUGAACAUGGUACCUUCACAUCUUGGACCUUGGUCAGUUGUGCUGUUAAAUAUUAAACACUAAAACUUUGGCAGUUCCUGCAUAAAAUUGUCAAAUUUUUUAGUGUAUUUUUGUGAAGUCAUUUUUUUCUAUUGUUCCUUUUGUAGUGGUUACUGUUUGAUAAAAGUUGCUGUGGAAUUUUUUAUUAGACAAAGAGUAGCUCCUUGUAAUAUUAUUAGACUUUGUGAAGUAAGACUUUGUGUGGGGUUCUUUCAUUCUCAGCCCUGAGUGACUAUUGAACUGACCCCAAAUAGUGUUUUGGCGAUAUUUUUCAAGUGUUUAAAAAUAUUUCAAAAUUCUUCAGAAACACCUGGUACUACUCUGUUGCCAAAACUCAGAAUUGAACCUUAUUAUAUGUCUUAAUUUCCUGAGUUCAGAUGCUGAAGUCACAAAGAAUCACCACUGCCAUUUAGUGUGUUAGAAUUUUUAAAUAUGGAAAAUAACAGAAUUGCCUAAUGUAAUGAGGCAUUCAUUAGUUAAGAGUUUUGCAUGAAGUCAGAAUACUUCCAUAAGGCCCUGCAUUAUUCACCUAUAAUAGUUACCAUAGAAAAGCUGGCAGGAUUCUAAAACUCAGUUACUCCAUCCUUUCUUUGAGCUAUGGAUUGAGAAAAGAAGCAGGAAAGGGAAACAUUUUAAGUUCUUCCCAGUUGCAUGGCUAGAAAAUGAUCAAUGAUUUGUAGUAGACUCAAGUUUUUAAGAAAGGCUGUUUAUUUAAACUAUUUCUUACCUAAAUUGGUGCAGAGUAAAGAUUAUAUUAUUGAUUAGAGAGGACAGGGAUAAUUCUCCUCAGGAGGCUGUGCCUGAGGCCUGUGUUCUGGGCCAUUGUCAAGCACGGUGAUCUUAUAUGACAAAAGUGGGCAAGUGGAGAAACAAGGUAUAGUGUUUCAGAGAGGGAAACACUCAGUGAACAUGGUAUGUUCUUUUCACCUUUCCUAUAGCCAGCCUUGAUUGUUGUUUUACAAAUAUAUAAUAAUAGUAAUAAAUAAUUCAUCCUCAUAAAUUCUGUGGGGAACACGAAAGUGUAAACUUGGUGGGGGAUAGAGUGAAUUGACUGCUGUGAUUACCAACUACAGAAAUUCCCCUUGGGCCAGUAGGCCUGGGAAAGACUGGUCCAGCGCCUCCAGACUGUCACAGACCACAGAAGUCUAGGUGCAGUAUGUCUGGGAGCACAGUGAAUGUCAGGUGGGAACCGCAGACCCGCUGCUGAUGGGAAGGUAGUGGGCAGUUAGAUGGAAGUUGGCUUCCUUUAAGUAAUGGAAAGAUUUCAGAGGCAAGCUCCUCUGCCCCAAUGAUCUGCCAUGAAUAAAGGUGCCUGAAAUCUUUCUGUUGAAGCUUCCUUUGUGUGGAAAA